ACACACAUUUGCUGCACAUGCAUCCAGUAGAAACCAGCCACUGUGUGCUGCUUGCUCUUGUGGAGAUGCUGCAAGAAGACAGCUCUUCCAUGUGACAAGCUUCCUUUUGCAAACCAUGGAAGAUAAAAGGUGGACAUAGAAGAAGAGUUGCGUUUUUUUUUUUUCAAGGAUUACAUGUCAUGUUGGAAAGCCACACAUGAUCGCUUGCUGCUGCUGAAGGGAACUUCUCCGGGUUCUUGGAUCUAAAAAGGUUUUGCGUUGAAAAGCAGGCAAGAUGUCAAAGUCUCACGUGCUGAGUGGGGUCUGCUUGCUGUGGCAAGUUGCAUUGAUGACCGCGACCGGAAGUAAACUUUGGGAUGUGCCCAGCUCCUCCAACAACCUCAGCGAAAGCUUGCAGUGGCAACCCCACUGUCACUAUCACCACCUUCAGGAUGGAGUAAGAAUCACAGCAGAGACACCACCAAAGCUGGACGGCACCUGGUUGUCAACAAGAUGUGAAGUCCGACCAGGUCCAGAGUUCCUCACCCGCUCUUACACCUUCCACCCUACUCGACACUUCCAAGCUCUGCAGCACUACUACUCAGACAGCGGGUGUCAGGAUCCUGCCUACUCCCUGCUGAUCCAGGGCAAACUCCGCCUUCGCCAGGCCUCCUGGAUCACCCGAGGCGCCACCGAAGCCCAUCACCACCUCACCAAGGUAGCAAUAGUCAUCCACAGCUUGGCAGCCAAGCAAAGUCUGGUCUCCAAACUGCCUCCAUCAUGUGUGGGUCCAACGCUGGGUCGAGUGGUGACGGGGGAGCCCCAUGACCUUCACAAUACCCGGGCGGGGAGGGCAUGCCUGGCAGCAAUGGGCUUUUCCAUGAUGGAGAUGGAUGUAGUUAGGGUGGAGAUACAGCACCACAACCAUGGGGGGGAAAUCCAACAGCUGUUCUUAGGGGACAUACAAACUGACUGGACCCAGAGGACUCACUACAGACCAACAGGGUACCAGCAACCACUGCAAAGCGCCAUGCAUCACAUCCAUCCCUGUCCAGUCUGUGCUCUGGUGUACCGGGCCACAGAACAGCACCCCCCAGUGCUGCCUCACCGCCCACAGGCUCCUGUUUCUCUGGCUAGACGUUGGGUCAGCCAGCAGUGCGAGACCCGUCCCACGGUCCUCUUCCUUACACGGGAGUUCAACUUCAAUCCAGAUCAGCAUUCGUGGGAGGGGAUCUACCGUCACUACUCAGACCCUGUCUGCUCCCAGAAAACCUUCACUCUGAGAGCCUCGGGUCACUAUGCUCAAGGAAACCCUUCCGCCAAGGUGCCGGGAGCCACUGAGUUUGUCUUCAAGGUGACGGAAGUGAGAGUAACGGCCGAAGAUGAGCCAACGGCUAAGCUGCUCAACGGGACAAAGACGGGAAAAUGUGGUCAUGCCGGAGCAUGGGAGGUUGGGGUGGAGCAGGACCUGAGUCCUACGCAUGGGUGCACGGUGCUCGGCAUCAAGCUGCCUCAUAAGGAGUACGAGCUUUUCAAGGUCGAGCUGGAUCACAGGAGACACCUGCUUUUGUAUGUUGGGGAGAGGCCAACAGACGGUUCGAGCCCGGACCGACCAUCUAGGAGAGCUACUUCCUUUCAGCCUCCCUUGAUGCUUUGCAAUGGAGGGGAGACGCAGCCUUACGGUCAUAACAGCCCAGGGUUCAACAGCAAACAAGUCCAGACGGAUACCAAUGGGACCGGGAGGCUGAUACAACUCCAGUUAGUGGUGCUCGGAUCUGCAUUGUGCAGCUGGAUUUGGCUUUUUUAGACACAUUGAUGGAGCCUGGCAGCUCUCUGUGUUAGUGUGGUUUUGACCAGGUGUGAGGAUCACCACAAGACAUUCAAUAAAGCUGAAUAAACACUAUAUAUUUUUAUAUCUGAACCCCUUUUGUCGGACCUCCUCCUGGCUUUCAGAUGGUGCCUUUAAAUAACCAUAAGCUAGAGCUCCGGUUCUACUUCAAAUUAAUCUGCACAUAAAGCACUGAUACCGGUAUUCCAGUAAUCAGUCAAUUUCUGCUCUCUCUUCAUAUUUCGUUUUCGUGUGAUGCCAUCGUUACAAAGCAAGAUGACUGUUGAAAUGUGGGUCAGCAGCAGUAGAACUAAUGCACUUUGUACAGAGGAUUGUUUAUACUGGAAAGAAACUCAGCCAAAAGCAGACAUUCUGAAGUCAGUUUUACCAUCCUUAUUGGUCCCACUUCACUUUGUGGUAUGAGAUCUUCUUCCUUAAAAAGCCUUAAAGCUAAGAUUCUAUCAUCUUUCAGUCUAAACAAAUGACUAUUUAUUAUAUCUCCAUAUACUGUACUUUUUUUUGUAGUGAGUAGAGAAAUGAUUAAUUUCUUUGUGUAUUAAAAGUUCCCAUAACUUCUUGUGUCUUGAUGACUCUUUAGAUAAACCUUAACUACACUCACAGUCACAAAUACAUGUUUAACAUUCAGGCAAAAUAUUGAUAUUCCGGUAUAUCGCAUUAUUGAUACCGCCGAACAUGUUUUACCUUGUGUUUUUUUGUUUUGUUCUGCAUAUAAUGUUAACCCUGCGUAUCCAAUGAACAUAUUGACCUAAUUAUUUAAAUAAAUUUGUCCGCUCUGUUAUUGGGAUUUGACAAAGAAUAAAGAUGGCUGCUCCAUCACUGGAAUUUGAUGAAGAAUCAA